AGACUUCCCGUGAUAGUGCCCUGUUCUUCAUCUAGUCAAUUCUACGUAAAGUGAUCUUUGUUAUGCGGACGAGUGAAGUCAUAUGUGAGGAGAAUGCGGCGUUUAGCCCAAGAACUGUGUCGCGCGGUGCGAAGACCUCGUGCACCAUCAGUGGCAUCUGCGAGAAAACUUCACACUGCUCUUCCGAAUCGGCGGUCGUCGGCUGAUGGCGAUGAUGAGACAGAUAAGCGGAGUAUCCAUAAUCAAAAACGCAACCCGUAUGCCUCGAGUCGAGGUGAAAGAAAUGCUGCUCUUGCUGCCCAGUUUUUCUCGAAUGCCACCGACACCGGCGUGGCUAAACCUUCCAUUUACAUGGACCUCCCCAUGCUGCCGAAUCUCGAAACCAUAAUCUUUGAUGCUUUCAAGACAGCGGACGACAAAGUGAAAAUGAUCACGAUUUUCGAUGCCAUCAAAGCCACGGGUUUACAAAUGACUGACCCUCGUCUUCGUCAGUUUCUCGAACGUUUGGAAGAAGUGAGAAUGUCUACGAAUCGCGAAUCGAUCAAGUCCCUGGUUCUGGAUAAGGACCAGUUUUGCAAAGUGCUCGACGGGAGUUUAGUACUUUUAUCCCGAGCGUUGAGGAACCAAUUUCGAAUCCCCGAUUUCCCAGAUUUGCGAACCACGAUAGAGAAAAUUUUUUGGGAGUGCCGGAAUGUGGAAGACGGGUUCCCGGCUUCGUAUAUUCCACAGUUGGCCAAGAUGGACAAGGAUUAUUGGGGCGUUAGUCUGUGUACUAUUGACGGACAAAGGCACCAUAUAGGGGACAGUGAGAUCAACUUCACAAUCCAGUCUUGCAGUAAACCUCUGACCUACGGACUUGCACUGAAUGAGGUCGGGAGAACGGCUGUUCACAAAUAUGUUGGCAAGGAGCCAUCGGGGAGAAUGUUCAAUAGUCUCACCCUGGAUUACAACUCCAAGCCACACAAUCCGAUGAUUAAUUCCGGUGCCAUUGUUGUCUGUGGGGUUAUACUGGCUCUUGUCCACCCAGAAAUGGAUUCCGCCACCAAGUUUGACUUCGUGUGUCAAUAUCUCAAGGCGAUGGCAGGAAACGAUCCAAUCGGGUUCAACAACUCCGUAUUCCUCUCUGAGAAGUCGUCCGGCAACCGGAACUUUGCCAUCGCGUUCCACUUGAUGGACAACCAUUGUUUCCCGGAAAAGGUUAAAGUCAAGGACGUGCUGGACUUUUAUUUUCAACUCUGCUCCUUCGAAGUCAACUGUCAGUCUUUGGCCGUUAUCGCUGGCACUCUAGCCAAUGGCGGAGUGUGUCCGACGACCGGGGAAAAAGUGCUUGAGGCCGAGGCUGUUCGCGACGUGUUGACCUUGAUGCAUUCUUGCGGCAUGUACGAUUACUCCGGGGAAUUUGCGUUUUUUGUGGGUUUGCCCGCCAAAAGCGGGGUUUCUGGGGCAACUAUGGUUGUGGUGCCGAAUGUCAUGGGACUGGCCACGUUUGCGCCGCCGUUGGAUCCCAUGGGGAAUUCGUACAAGGGACUCAAGUUCUGCAAGGAGCUCGUCAAUGUCUACAACUUCCACAGGUUUGAUGAUCUUCUUCAAACGCAGCCAAGCAGAGCUGGAUCCAAGGAUCCCAGGAAACACAAGUACGACUCUCUCGGGCUAAGAAUCGUCAACUUACUUUUCGCUGCUGCUGCUGGGGAUAUUUCAGCCAUCAGACGACAUUUUCUCUCGGGAAUAGAUGUGAACUUGCAGGACUACGACGGCAGAUCUGCUUUACACCUGGCUGCUUGUGAGGGUCACGUGGAAUUGGUCAAAUUUCUCGUUGACUGCUGUAAAGCUGAUGUCACGCUAAAGGACAGAUGGGGAAAUUCUGCUUUGGACGACGCACAGUCCUUCGGAAGAACCGAAGUCGUGAGCUUAUUGAAAGAAAGACUCAGGCCCGAGGGAACUGAAUCUUGAGAAAAAAACCUUCCGCCUUCUGAAAAUGAAAAAAAAGAAUACUUCAUGAUCUCCAUGGGUUAUCGGGAAAAUCUCAAGCGCAAAACGAAAAAGAGUUGUUGUUUUGCGCGAGAAGCGGAAUUCAAAAAUAUCUGUAGUUGAACGUUUGUAGGAGGCUUGUUGAAAACGUGUUGAUGCUUGUUGAAGUUUGAAAUCUUACCAAUAGUAGUUACCUUUUGACCGUGGAAACGCAUAGUGAGAUUUGUGUGGUGAUGUGAUUCAAUGCUCCAUCCAAUGGGUAUUAUGGAAGCAUUUUGUGCUUGAUAUUGUGCCAAAAUCUCCUGGUUUCGGCGGAUGCAUUAAAAACCGAGUCCUGAGCAGUU